AUGGAUCUUGACCACGAUGGAACUCUUCAGCGGGAGGUCUCUUCCUCGGAUUCCGUGGUGCGUCGCAGUUGCAGUUUUAACGACAAGUUCCCAUUGAGGGAGAGGAACACCACCCGCGUUGUGGCUUCAUCUGGUAUCUUCUCUCAUGUUGGUGCGUCUCGCGUUCUUCUCAUAGACGAUGCCAAUGCCAUGGUGGAUCUCACCAUGCAGCGAGUUUUCAAUAAAACUCUGUGUCCAGUGGAGCCUAUGGAGAAAGAUCACCCCAAAUUCGUGGAGUUUCUUGCGUUUUUUGCCGGGGUCUUCAAGACGAAGUAUAACAACACCCCAUGGUGGCUAGAUGAAGGUAGUCUUAUUGGCGUGGGAAGAGCAGGUACCAUUGUGAACGCCGAUGACGACUUCGACUUUUUUGUUCUCCUCCCAAACUCCACAGCCCCCUGCAGACAGCAAUCACUGGAAUGCACUCGGGAAGAAUUUAAUGUGUUUAUUCAUCGCUUUCUCUUGCCUCUCUGGGAGGCCGGUGCGUGCAUCCGCCGGUUUAACCCCAAUAUUACCAAGUUUGACUCCGAUCGCCGUUUAUUAUAUACAUUGCAGAUUCGCAAUCCGAAUCAUGCACACAACCCAUUGCAGUGCUUCAACUCCAGAGCACCGUUCGCGCACAUGCACCUUGGUAUGCUCAAUGCCGAUGGGGAACUUGAAACAAACAAGUGGGUGGGUCCCAAUUCCCACCCAAAGGAUAAGUUGCCACUGAACUUGAUGCUGCCUGUGCGCCGCUGUCGCCUAGGUGCAAGUGAUGCACCAUGCCCGUUUGACAUUGUGGGAUACUUGAAGCUGCGUAAUAGGGGAGAAUACAUUCGCAAUUCCAAGGAUGGUACCUGUCUACUCGUGAAGAAAAAAUGGAGCAGGGUCCGGAAAAUCAACCAAGUUAAGAAGGUGCAACUUCUUCAUGACUGUGGGUAUAACAGUAUGAUUAGUUUGAAGCAGCGGUUUAUCGAUACAAAUUAUAGUGCAUGCUAA